AUGGGUCACAUUAUAAACAAGCAAGGAGUUGUAGCAGACCUAGAUAAGCUGAAAGCUAUGGAAACUUGGCCAAUUCCACAAUCUAUUAAGCAACUGAGGGGAUUCUUGGGUCUCACAGGAUAUUACCGUAGGUUCAUCAAGAGGUAUGGAAUUGUGGAUAAGCUUCUAAUCAAUAUAUUGAAAAAAGUCUUAGCAUUACCUGAUUUUAACAUACCCUUUGUGGUGGAGUCGGACGCUAGUGGUCAAGGAAUUGGAGCUACAAUUUGGGAACAUAAUAUCAAUAUAAAGAAACUCAUCAGUGAGCUCCGAGCUGACCCUAAGGCUCAUCCUGAUUUCACGUUUAUUAAUGGUGUUCUUCGAAAAGGGGGGAAAUGGUGGUGGGUAUGGACCUUGCAUUGA